AUGGGUGCCAGUACGAAAUUUGAUUUUGAUUGUGACACAAUGAUUUCGAAAAUGUUCCGAAUCUAUCUUGUUCUGUGCUUUUUUAUAUCAAUAUGUUUGUCUUGCCGUUUGCUCGUGCCCAGUGAACUGUUGAACGGAUGCAUAUUCGACCCCAUGAUUGUGAGUGUUUCUCAUGCUGGGUUUUCAAUAAGUCGCGAUAAUUGCAAUUCGGAAAUCGCCAAGCAUGUGUUUGCUGAACAACCAUUGGUUUACUACGGUCGCGCCCGAUCGGAUCGCACAUACACGGUAAUGAUGAUCGAUCCGGAUUAUCCACAUCAUCAAAACGGUCAAUUUUACUUACACUGGCUCGUUACAAAUAUUCCCGGUGAAUGGCUGCGUCAAGGUUUGACUUACGAUAUCGGUGAAUAUAUUGUUGGCUACACAGCACCCGACCCACCAGUUUUUUCAGGCGAGCACCGCUACAUGGUUUUUGCUUAUGAGCAACUGGAGCACGAAAUAGAAGUCCCCCAGCCAGAUUCACGUGCAAAGUUUGAUCCAAUUUCGUGGAUGGAAUCGUUUGGCGGAGAAGACGUGAUUCGUGGCCCUGUCGCAUCGAUCGGAUUUAAGUCCGAAUUUUAAUCAAUCGCCGCGUAUUCAUUUUAACAAAACGAAAACUCAACAUAUUAAUCAAGUAAAGAAGCAAGCGAUGAGAAUUCACAAAAGUUUCCAACACUCAAAUCGCUCUCUUAGAAUAUAAUAUUUAGCUCUAUCUUUAAAAUGUCAAAGUGUCGCGGAUUAAGUUUUGCUUUUGUUUUGUCUUGGCUUGGCUGUUGUGUGUGUGUGCGAGAGUGUUUGUGUUUUUUGGCUCUUUCUUCUUCAUUGAGAUUAGAUAGACAACCCACGCAGUAUCGUAGCUAAGUUUGAAAGAGUAAAACUCUUUAAUAUCUCAUACCUUGAAUAAAUAUGGAGAGAAAUAGAGGGAGAGAGAGAAAGACAAUAAUAAUAAUACACAAGAGACGCAAUAAGCACAAGCAAGCAGCGCCAGUCAAUGUGCACGCCGGUAUAUCACAUAGUACCAAUCAUUUUUGCAUCAGUUUUCAUUAAGAUUCAAUUGAAAAUUCAGCAUGCAAUCGCAAAAUCUUUAAUCUCCUUGAUAUAAUUAUCCAUGAUGAAAUUGCAGAGCUCAUUCAUGGCAAAAACCGAGCAAAUUCAUUCGGUUUCCCUCUGUACAAUAUGCGACUAGAGACCAAAUUAAUGUUGUCGUUUUUCCUGGAGUUCAUUUAUCAAACGAAAUGGAGAAAAAAGUGCACGGUGUUGCAUCUAGACUCUCUCCAUCUCUCUCUCUCUCUCGCUCAUUGAAAGGUGUGUGUUUGAAUGCUGGUUGUUUUUAUGCGUUCAUUGAGACACUGUUCAGCUACAAUCUUGUGCUAUAGUAACGGAGCGUGCGAUGUAAUCAUGCACUUCAUUCAAUUCCACAUAUGUCGAUAGGUACAUUGUCAAGCGUAGCGAGCGCAAAAAUUCAUUCAUAAAAUGGUUACACAAAGUGAAUAGACAGAGAGCAGAAAAAAAGCCAUGAGCUCGGUAAGUCUCUCGGGUGUCUUUGGCAAAUAAGCACACGAGUGUAAAACUGAAAAACAACACGACGCAGAAUACGAAAAAACAUACACACAUCAAACUCGACAAAUUUAUGAAUGAAAAUCUAUACUCCAUUGAUAUGAGGUGAGGCACACACGUCGUGUAUUUUCAGCAUGCUCAUACAUGCAAACUCCUCUGAGAGAAAGACAUAGCGAGAGAGAGAGAGAAAGAGAGAGAAGAGACUAUUAAAUUUCAGUUCUCAGUUCAUGUUUCAAUCAUAAGCCGAGAUUUGUAUUUAUGGUGCAUACAUGUAUGUAGCCAGUGCACGUCAAACGAGGUAAAUUACCUAAAAUUAUUCGCAGCUGAUCGCUUGUUUCCAUAAAUUCUCAACGAAAAAAAAACAACCAACUCAAAAUAGCGCACCUCACAUGAACUAUUGGACUUACCAAAAUAGGCAAGAAAGAAAAUAGCAAUAUCGUCAUCGUCAUAAACACACACACACACACACACACACAUGCAGCGAAAAAUGAAUGAAGGGAAAGGUUUUGAUUUUAUAUUAGACAAUUACAGCCAUGAAAACUAUGCGAUUGCACAAACAAUUAUAUUCAAAACGGUUUUUAAUGAUUAUUUUGGUCACAAUUUGGACGAAAUUAAAUCGGUUGUGUUGAGUGACAUAUACAUUCAUUUCCAUAGCUUGUGCGCGGUUAGCGCUCGUUUGCCAUUUUAUUUUCAUGAUAUUACGUCAUUUUCAAAGUGAAUUCAUAUUUGCCAUACAUGCAUUUAAACCUUUUCGACCGACUUGCAUACCGCCAGUACAUAAGCACUAGAAUAAUAAUGUAAUUGUUAUUCACAUAAAUUCUAUUGCACCAUAAAAAUUUUGAUGAAUCGACGCAAAUUGCAAACCAGGUGAACGAACACACACAACAAAAAAAAAAGACAAGGAAUCCACCAAA